UCCCUCCCUGUUUUGCCACGUCACGAAGAACAAUAAUGGCGGAUUCAUCCAUGCCUUUACUAACAGGUUCAUGGAUAGUUGCAGGAUUGGUGACAGGAUAUUAUUUUAUUAGAUCGAGUGCAAUAUGGUUACUACUCUUGGUUAGUGUAACUGUGGUACUCAUAUUCUGGCUGAUACAAACGUUACGGAAGGGCAAUGGACUCUCGGAACGGCGCGUAUGUGUUUUGGUAUUGGGAGAUAUUGGACGCAGCCCUCGCAUGCAAUAUCAUGCUAUUUCACUCAGUAAACACGGCUACAGUGUUACUUUUGUUGGAUUCCUUGGUACCAAGCCACACCAGGACAUUCUUAGAGAUGACAACAUUCAAAUUAUCGCCAUUGACGACGUGAAAGGUCUCAAAGUCGGUCCGAGGAUCCUGACAUAUGCUACCAAAGUGAUUAGGCAGUCUCUGCAACUGCUGUUUGUUCUUAUGAAGAUGGAUGUCCAGUCUUAUGUUCUUAUGCAGAACCCCCCCGGCCUACCCGGCAUAGCAGUGACCAGUCUAGUGUGCAGUUUGCGCAGCACAAAGUUCAUCAUCGACUGGCACAACUAUGGCUACACCAUCAUGGCCAUCACCCAUGGCCAGGAGCACCCAAUUGUCAGGGUGGCAAAGUGGUAUGAGCGGUUCUUUGGACGCUUCGCCUGUCACAACCUGUGUGUUACCAAUGCUAUGAAGAAGGACCUGGAGAAGAACUGGGGCAUCAAGGCAACUACGUUGUAUGACAAGCCUCCUUUAAUAUUCAAAGAGACGCCAGUGAAGCUCCAGCAUGAGCUGUUUAUGAGACUGGCCAAGAUGUACCCUCAGUUCCAGUCAGGGGAUGGGAACGUCUGGUGUGAGACGGAGAGGACGGCUUACACAGGUCACAACCCCACAGAUGGCACCGUGACCCGGACCCCGGGGCGACCGGUCCUGCUACUUAGCAGUACCAGCUGGACUGAGGAUGAAGAUUUCUCCAUUCUUUUGAAGGCACUUGAAGAAUAUGAAGGAUUUAUAAAAAGAGGAGAGUCUCUGCCAACUUUGGUCUGUGUCAUUACAGGUAAGGGUCCCCAGAAGGACCAUUACAGGAAGCUGAUAGACACACUGCACUUUGAACAUGUGAAGAUCUGCACCCCUUGGCUUGAUGCAGAGGACUACCCGGUCUUGCUGGGCUCCGCUGACCUAGGUGUGUGUCUCCAUAAGUCCUCCAGCGGUCUGGAUUUGCCCAUGAAGGUGGUGGACAUGUUUGGCUGCUGCCUGCCUGUCUGUGCCAUCCACUUCAGAUGUUUACACGAGCUGGUAAAGCAUGAAGAGAAUGGCCUGAUCUUCAAAAAUUCCUGGGAACUGGCUCAACAGCUCAAGUCUCUGCUGUCAGACUUCCCCGGUACCGAGAGCAGGCUGGGCUUUUUCAGGAAGAACUUGCGGGCCAGCGGAGGGACUCGUUGGGAUGAAAAUUGGGACAAGAAUGUCCUCCCCUUGCUCAAAGCACCCUGGUAGCACUGUGGACUGUU